AUGGAUUUAUCCAAAUUAUCAUCGGAUUUACCACUUUCGGAACCAGUUUCGAAAAACUCAGUGGACCAAGUGAAUAGAGAACUAUCCAACGAGUUCAAGAUUGGUGCAAGAUCGAUUGCUGCACUUUAUAGACUUUCAAAUACAAAGACUGCUCUGCUUAAUGCGAGUGGGUAUCUUGAAUGUGUUGAUGACGUUCUUUCCAUGAUAAAUAAUGAGACGGUUUCCGAUCUCUACGAACUAAAACAGUUUCUAGAAACAAAGAAAAGCGAACUGACAGGCAAGAAAAGCGCUCAGACAGAAAAGAAAACAGAUGAUCUUUCUUGGCAAAAAAGCAGUCAACAACAAUUAAGCAUCGACUCUAAUGAGAAAAGGUUGAGUUCUGGUGUUCCAGCAGUGGAAUUUACUAUGAAAACCAAUUCACCGUUCCAUUUCCCACUUUCAAAAAUUCCUAUAGGUGCACGACCACAGGUAAAAUAUCGUAAUCAUAUCCACAAGUCGCACUCACAUAUUCAUGUUUAUAAUGGACUUCCUUUACAUAAGUUACACGAAACAUCUAAUGCCAAGCAGAAUAAUGCUACAUCUACGCAGAAAAAGAGCUUGAAAACCCACCGUCAUAUGUCUGACACAUCAGAGGGUUCAAAUACAAUGUCUAGUUCGGAUAAUGAUUCAGAGGUGAUACUUGAAGAGGAUAAUACUUCAGAUAGCGAGCCUACAUUCUGCACUGAUGAUAAAUGUGCAAAACGUAAAGUUCUUCCACCCAACAGGCAUUUGAAGAAGAGUAAAGUUGACCGAUAA